AUGGUUCACUCAUCCCAUCCUGCACAUUGGGAAGGAGCGAGUGGGAGGAGGAGGAGGAGGAGGAGGAGGAGACGGCGGUGGUGAAGUGUUGCAACACGGACGUUUUUUACGAAGAGUCAGGCCAUGCGUCCCUCACCCCCUUCUUUACACUCGGCCAUUAAUUCCAGGGCGAGGCGUGUGGAAUUCCAUGCUGGCGACUUGCCUACCACCACAUGCGUCAUUCCCGCGAAAGUCUGCGUACGCGUAGCUCCACCGCCGCCAAACGCCCGCUGGAUCCGCCCGCAGCCGAAUCCAGUCUUUCCCGUCCGUCUUCCGCCAUCCGUGGCAACGCCGGUGAGGCACAUGCAGUCCAGGCAGGCCCAGUCACCACAGCACAGCAAUAAAAGACCAGUCGGGGUCCAUUAAGACACAAACCCCAGUCAGUCUUCCCGUGUCCAUGCCGUCUUUUGCGAGGCUGUCCGUUUCACUGGUGGCAGCAGGGUGAGUGGCAUCCGCAUCUCAUCACCACCCAACUGCCGAAGCAUCAUCACAUCACAUAUCCCCAUCUACCCUACCUACCCGCACCAUCCCGCCGUCUGACGCCAGUGAUCGACGUUGCGUGUGCUAAAAUGAUGCUCCCGACCUGCCCUGUGUUGCCUGUAGCCCCGAGUCUUUCCCGUCCCUCCUAAGCACUACAUGUCACGCGAGUGGAAAGCUUGUCGUCGAUUGCCUAACCCUGGCCCGGUACCUUGCAAUUAGGCGCAGAUCAGGGUGGUUCUCGAGGGCAUCCUGCUUCCAAGUGUUGCAUGCAGGGACCAUGAGCAAUGUCCGGUUGGAUGCAACCCUUCCCAACAUGCGGAGCAGGCAGUCGUCAGCGGUCUCGCCCAUGCAAC